UCAAGCGGAAGUCGAAGGAGAACGUUCUUCAGAGGAAGAGUGCGGCUGCAAUGGCUGGAAACUGGAACGUAAACAUUGUGGUUGUUGGCUGCGGGAUAGCGGGGAUAGCAGCGGCUCACCGGCUCAUUAAGUCUGGGUUCACUAAUGUCCGGAUACUGGAAGCGACCGGAAGAAGCGGAGGACGAAUCAAAACAGGCAGACUUGGCGAUAAAAUCAUCGAGAUUGGGGCCAACUGGAUCCAUGGACCCUCUGAGGAGAACCCAGUGUUUUGCUUGGCCCGCCAGUACGGGCUCCUGGACCCCGAGGCCCUGACCCCAGAGAACCAGGCCUUUGACCCUGAAGGAGAUCACCCCUGGGUUUACAACUUCUUCAGCAGUUCAGGUCGGAAGAUCAACGUGGAGGACGUCUAUCCGGCUCAGGAGUUGUUUGCUGAGCUGCUGAGCGAAUGCUCGGAGUUUCAGAAUCAUCAAGGAGAGCCUUGUGCCAGCGCGGGAGACUUCAUCCGCUCAGAGGUGAGACGACGGGCUGCAGAGAAAUGGAAAGAUAUCGACUCAGCCACCAGAUCGCUGCGACUGUGUGUGAUCAGUAGCAUGUUGAAGAGGGAGUGCUGUGUUAAUGGGGCGCACAGCAUGGGUGAGCUGGGUCUGGGGGCCUUUGGCCAAUACAAGAUCCUCCCUGGAUUGGACUGUACGUUCCCAGGUGGCUAUGAAGGUCUCAUUACAAACUUGAUGUCAGAGCUCCCAGAUGGUUUAGUGAGCUACAACCGACCUGUGCGGUGUGUCCACUGGAGCAACACAGAGGAGACACUAAACUCUGUAACGGUGGAGUGUGAGGAUGGAGAAAGGAUUGCAGCGGAUCACGUUAUCCUAACGGUGCCUUUAGGAUACCUAAAGAAACAUCAUUCGAGCCUCUUCCAGCCUCCUCUGCCUCUCCACAAGCUGCACUCCAUCCAGAGACUCGGCUUUGGAACUAACAACAAAAUAUUUGUGGAGUUUGACGAGCCGUGGUGGGAUGCCGACUGUGACGCCAUUCAGCUGGUGUGGGAUGAUGAGGAUGCUUUGGUGGAUCAGGUCCCAGAUGUGCACAGAUCCUGGAUAAAGAAGCUGUUUGGCUUCACUGUGCUCAAACCCACUGAAAGGUAUGGCCAUCUUGUCUGCGGCUGGAUCGCAGGGCAUGAGUCUGAGCACAUGGAGACACUGUCUGAGCAAGAGGUGACGCAUGCCGUCACACAGCUCAUCCGCAGAUUCACAGGGAAUCCUUCGAUCGCCCCGCGGAGAAUCCUGCGCUCCCAGUGGUUCCAUGACCCCUGGACAAACGGAUCUUACAGCCACCUGGCACUGGGCUGCUCAGAGCAGGAUCUGAAGAACAUGAUGGAGCCUCUGCCACUGAAUGGAUCGAAAGCACAGCCCCUGCAGGUGCUGUUCGCCGGAGAGGCAACGCAUCUCUGCUACUUCUCCACCGUCCAUGGAGCGCUUCUCACUGGGUGGAGAGAAGCCGACAGACUCGUCUCGCACUACUCCUGUAAUCCCUCCGAGCGCCUAACGUCCAAGCUUUAAAAGUGCCACACUGUUGCCACAAUAAAGCAAUUUAGAAAACUUAAUAAAGUCAUAUGAGACUUA